AUGGUCAUAAUCGAUAGUCUUAGUUUCUAUCGUCCGUUCUGGAUCUGCAUGCGAUUGCUGGUGCCGACUUUCUUCAAGGAUUCACCGCGUCCUGUCCAACGCCUUUACGUGGUGUGGCUGCAUAUCCUGGUCACCCUGUGGUUUCCACUGCACCUGCUGCUGCAUCUUCUGCUACUCCCAUCUCCGGCUGAGUUCAUGAAGAACCUCACCAUGUCCCUGACUUGCGUGGCCUGCAGUCUGAAGCACGUGGCCCACUUGUAUCACUUGCCGCAGAUUGUGGAAAUCGAAUCACUGAUCCGGCAAUUGGACGCAUUUAUUGACAGCGAACUGGAGCAUCGCUACUAUCGGGAUCACGUGUAUUGCCAUGCCAGGCGCUUCACACGGUGUCUCUAUGGCAGUUUUGGCAUGGUCUAUGCGGUUUUCCUGUUCGGCGUUCUCGUGCAGAUUAUUAGCGGACGAUGGGAACUUAUCUAUCCAGCCUAUUUCCCAUUUGACUUGGAGAGCAAUAGCUAUCUGGGCGCCGUGGGUUUGGGCUAUCAGGUAUUUAGCAUGGUUGUGGAAGGCUUUCAGGGUCUGGGCAACGAUACCUACACCCCACUGACCUUGUGCCUUCUGGCCGGACAUGUCCACUUGUGGUCCAUUCGCAUGGCUCAACUGGGACACUUGGAGGACGAAACGGCGAUGAAUCAUCAGCGCUUGCUGGAGUACAUUGAGCAGCAUAAGCUAUUGGUGCGAUUCCACCACCUGGUGCGUCGCACCAUCAGCGAGGUGCAACUGGUGCAGCUGGGUGGCUGUGGAGCCACUCUCUGCAUCAUUGUGUCCUACAUGCUCUUCUUUGUGAGCGACACCAUCUCGAUGGUCUACUACUUGGUGUUCUUCGGCGUCGUCUGCGUGCAGCUCUUUCCCAGCUGCUAUUUUGCCAGCGAAGUGGCCGAGGAGGUGGAACGCCUACCAUAUGCGAUCUUCUCCAGCAAAUGGUACGAUCAAUCGCGGGAUCAUCGCUUCGAUAUGCUCGUCUUCACACAACUAACACUGCGGAACAGGGUGUGGGUCAUCAAGGCAGGAGGACUCAUCGAGCUGAAUUUGAACGCCUUUUUCGCCACCCUGAAGAUGGCCUAUUCCCUCAUUGCCGUCGUAGUGCGGACAAGAGGUAUAUAG